GAUUAAUGAAUGGGGUUAAAUUGCUAAUCAAUGGGAUUAAUUAUGUAAAAUUUUGAUUGAUAUCAGUCGACUGCCGGGGUUGUAAGAACGGGAUUUACGCUGCUUUCGCAAGUGCCAAUCCAAUUCGGGCCUGACCAAAAUAGAUUUAACUUUUGAAUUUGUCUAAUUGAUUAGUUUAAUGUGAGAGAGAUAGUUUUUUGACGGAAUUUCACUGUGUAAAGCUUCCUUAUUAGAAAUAAUGUUGAGCAACGUGAUGAGUAAUUACAGCAGUGCUUGCGUCUCCUCUUUAAACACCCUUUUGUAACACGCCCACUUCUCCAGUUGGCCUAGAAAAAGUCGCAGAAUUACACCUCUGCCCGUCUUUUCCGCAGCACCAGGGCCUUUUUCGAGCGGAAAAUACCACCUAAUUCGCAAUUCGAAUGAUGAUUUGCUGAGAAAUAUCUCGUAAAUUGGACUAAUUUGAGGGGGCACAUAAUUAAUGUUAUGUCAUGAAGCGGCCAGAGAUGUGCAGCCCUUGGUGAGCAGGUCGGUCGGCGAAAAGAAUGUCGUCAGGGCUGCGGCACAUCGCCACCGAACCGGCCAGUCUCAACAGCUACAAAUCCAAGGCGAUGGCUGACAAGAAGAACAAGAGCGCCAAGUCGUCCGCCGGACACAACUCGGAUUCGGACGGCAGCGCGGACAGCAAUAGUCUGUCAGCCGACUCGAACAACGACACGUUUGUCAGAGUGCCAUCCAAGGAGGCGACAGCCAAUGGCUCCAAGGCCGUGGUGCGGCGCGCCUCCGAGUGGGAAAUCCUCGAAGGCCUCAAGGACGGCCAGCGCUUUGACAAGAAGCCUAAAACCUGGGAAGGGUACCUCCACAAGAAGCGCAAGUGGCCCCUUAAAGGAUGGCACAAGAGGUAUUUUGUGGUGGACAAGGGAAUCCUCAUUUACGCCAAAGGCCCUGGUGAAAUCGCCAGGGGCAAACACCAUGCCUCACUAGACAUCGGUCUGUCCGUGAUUUCUAGCAAACUGAAGCGUCGACGAAUUGACAUUGAUGCCGAGGAGUUCAUCUACCAUCUCAAGGCAAAAACUUUGGACACCUUCCAAGAUUGGGUGGAGCAGUUAAAGCUGCAUCGCCUUUACCGCCAGCAUGUGCUGACCUUUGGCACUCGAAAUCUGCUGCAGUCGCGCGUCUCGCCCGACCUCAGCCCUCUGAAGCCCAUGCCAUUGACCCCUGAGGUGGAAGAGACGCCACCGCAGCCACCUCCAGCUUCGGCCACCACCUCUCAGCAGUCGCACUCGCGCGUUGCCACCUGGAUCAUGGACUCGACAGGCAUCGAUUCCAUCUCAAAAGAGCUCACCCUUGUCCAGCAGAAUCUUGUCCAGCUGAACCUCAUCCUUGAGCAAAUUGAGCAGCUUCCCACUAGCUAUGAUCAUCCCGAAUCAAUUGAAGGCAGUUCUCCAAACGUGAAGAAAGACAGGCGCAAGUUUGGUUUGCGCAAAAAGAAGAGCUCCAAGGGCAGCGCCGCCGACCUGGUGGGCUGCAGUCCCAAUAAGCACACAGAAGCGGAUUUACCUGUCGCAUCUGGCCUGUCACACUCGGCACACCUCAGCAACAGCAACCCGUCCCUGCCAUCGGCUGUUUUGACUGCAACCAGACCUCAGAGUUUGCCAGGCGCUGAGCACCUGCUUUCCUUGAACAUGGUUGGUGACAAUCGAACCAACACAACGCCUGACUUCCACUGCAGGGAGGACUUUGUCAUCCUAGCCAAGGAGAUCCAUAUAAAUCUGAAGGAGGCUGUACAGACAAUGCUAGUAGAGCGCGACCGUCUGAAGCAAGCAAUGGAAUUGGACAGUAGCCAGAUGGCGUUUGGUACUUCUGGAAACUCUCAGUUAAUUGCUAAUUUGAAAAGUUCAUUAGCCUCGACCCUGCAUCAAAAUAAGGAGCUCAAAAACAGGCUCAACAAAAUCCACGAGAACUCGGACCUUAGCGAUGUCUCGUCCAUCGCCCAGUCCGAACAAGCAGCAAAGCAGCUUCAGCAGUCAUUGUCAUAUAGCAGCUCGUGUCUUAGCGCUAGUGAGUUUUUCGACGCGCAGGAGUUCCAGUCGACAGCUCUGAUGAUCAGCGAGACCUCCUCCGAGGCAAGCUUGAGUUCUGAGGAGGGCUCUGUGGUCAGUGAGAAUAGCGAGCUUGGCACGGAUAACACGCCUGCCCCGAGUGUUCAAGGGGAUGACGAUGAUAAGGAAAUGCCCAAGUUCCACACAGGUCGGCGAACAAAAUUGCCAGCACCGCGUCCUGAUCUAGAGGGUUUGUCCCUGUGGAACCUUCUGUGUAAGAACAUAGGCAAAGACCUGUCCAAGGUGUCAAUGCCUGUGGCACUGAACGAGCCAUUGAGCAUGCUGCAGCGGCUGUGCGAGGAGCUUGAGUAUAGCGAGCUGCUGGACAAGGCUGCUGAGCUUGAGGACCCCUUUGAACGAAUGGUCUGCAUUGCUGCCUUUGCAGUCUCAGGGUACGGAUCCUCUUACUAUCGCGCCGCCAGCAAACCUUUCAACCCCAUCCUUGGUGAGACCUACGAGUGCAUCAGGGAGGACAAGGGCUUCAGAUUUGUUGCUGAACAAGUGUCGCAUCAUCCACCUGUCAGUGUUUGCCAUGCUGAGUCAAAGAACUUCAUUUUCUGGCAGGACGUACGGAUUAAAACCAAAUUCUGGGGAAAGUCGAUGGAAUUCCAGCCAACAGGCACUGUAAAUUUGAAGCUGCCAGGAAAGGGUGACCACUAUCAAUGGAACAAAGUGACCACCUGCGUACACAAUGUUUUCGGUGGACAGAGGUGGGUUGACCAAUACGGAGAACUCGUCAUCACCAGCAACAAGAACAUCAAGUGCAAACUCACUUUUGUUCGAUCAAGCUACUGGUCUGCUAAGAAGCAUGAGAUUUACGGAAACAUUAUUAAUGCGGAUGGCAAGGUGGCGAGAACACUGUUUGGAAAGUGGAACGAGGCCCUUUACUGUGGUGUGGCGCCUUCUGCCAAAUGUAUAUGGAGACCAGGCACAAUGCCUGAGGACUAUGAGCUUUAUUAUGGCUUCACACGCUUUGCAAUGGAGCUGAACGAGAUUGACGGGGAGAUGAUCAAGUAUUUGCCUUGCACAGACACAAGAUUCAGACCUGAUCAGAGGCUGUUGGAGGAAGGAAAUUUGACGUUGGCUGAGAAUAUGAAGAUGCAGUUGGAGCAGGCCCAGCGCGAGAGACGCAAGCGCCAAGAUGCAGAAAAUGUGCCUCGUUGGUUUAGAUGUUACACGUCAAGCAAUAAUGAAGAAAUUUGGGAGUACAACGACUUGUAUUGGGUCAAGCGAAAAAACCCUGGCUUUGUCAACCUUAACAUUCCUGCCCUUUGGUGAUCACUCAAAAAUCCAGUUUCUUUUAGCCAUUUUUGUCCAUUUGAGGAUUUUUACAUUUUUUUCUUGAUGAAACUCAUUUUUCGCAAGAUCAAUAUAUUUUUAAGGUGUUAAAAAUUAUGAAAAUCAACCCAUUUUUCUCGAAUUGCUUCCGCUUUCCUGUUACCAAACUCCUCUGCUUACUUGAACGAUUUUGUUGCAUGCGAGAAGAAAAUUUUUUGUGCUCAAGAGCAAAUAUUUAAAAGGCUUAUGUAUAGCAGAAGAAGAAAAUCGAGCAUGCUAAUUUCUAAAAUGCAUUUCCUAUGUAAUCGUCAAUUAUUUACAAACAUGUAUACUUAAGUAGCUGAUACAUAGUUUGCAUGAUUCAUGUGUAUACUAAAAAUGAGCUACUUUCAAAUGCCAUGGAUUGUUUUUUCAUCUGGGGCUGUUGAUAAUCUGGAAAAAGAGAUGGAAUUAAUAGUUUACCAAGGCUGUGUGGAGCUGAGUGUUUCUGUUUGCUCUUGGAAAUUUUAAAUUGAUUUUAAUAAUUGCACUGACAUAAUGAAUCUGUGAGUGCACUUCUACGCUGACGAAAGAUAAAACAUAUGUGCCUAAUUUGGUGUUGGAAGCGCGAGGGCUCCGAGUUGAGAUAUAAAGCGAGUGAUGAUCACAGUGCAAUCAUUAAUCGCUAAGUUUAUUGCAAGCGUUAUUUUGACGCGCUUUUUGAGUGUCAGCAGCGCUGCCGGUUAACUCACUAACGUUAGGAUUUUAAAUAGAACUCAUGUUACACACCAUUAAUCGAUUAUAAAAUAUCAAGAUUGAGUAGGCGCGUGUUUUGAUAUAUGUAUAUCUAAUAAACACUAAAAGCUGCUUAUUUCGAGAUUAAAGACAAGAGCUAAAACGUUGAGAGUAAAUAUUGUUAAACACGUUUGUCACUAAUUAAAUUAAUAAUAAGUCUAAAUCGCGAUAUUUGAAUCUGCCCUCCGUGUCUGCAAGCAGAAAGUACUAACAAAAAAUCCACUAAUCAAGAUCUGUAUUUUUCAUCAGAGAUUUGGGUUGUGUGCUUUUUACCUGAUUAAUCUUAAGUUUCAAGCCCUAAACCAAGAGUAUUGCAAUAUAGUACAACUAAUAGAGAUGCUGAAAAACUUAUUUCUUCUUUUCUAAUUUCUUUGAGCUUAUAUAGCGAAACAAAAAUUUAAUAAUGCUCCCAUCACGUGUUUCAAAGUGACUAUUAAGACGUUUAUGUAAUCAAUCUACGAAUAAAGUUUUUGCCAUUAUAGAUGCCAGACACCUGA